CCUGUUGCUGUUGACAGACAACAGACACUGACAUUUCGAUAAAUUUCCUUCAGAAAAUCAGAAGCAAAUUACUCUGAAAGUCCGAAAGAAGGAAGGGAAAUAUCGUUGAUAACGAUAUUAACUUGAGAUAAUACUAAUGGACACUUUCAAAGAUAGGAAGUUUGAUGAGAAUGAAUGAUAAAUGCCUUCUUGCUGUUCUCAACAAAUUCCAUUAUGCCGACGUAUGGCAUAAAUCCUGGUACGAAUGAUACAAACAAAUUCAAAUAUUGAGACCUAUACACACAAUAGGUUUAUGCCGCUCUAUUUUCCUUAAGGAAACUAUAUCGAUUUGUUACUUAAGUCAAUAAUCCUUCUGAUAAAAAUGGUUUCUCUAAGAAUGAAAGAAGUGUUUUGUUUGUUGUAUUCUGUACUUCUUUUUUUGUCAGGGAUGUUCCUAGUGGGACUUUCCGUGGUUUUCAUCUACAGAAUUUUUUACAAUUUCAAAUUUUUUCCAUCUGUUGCUCUAGGCCCUUUCAUAUUUCUUUUUUUGUUUGGAAUUGUGCACUUGUUACUCACCUGGCUGGCAAUCAAAGGACCAACAGUUAAACAUGAAUUUCAUAUAAUAUUGUUUUUAGUCAUAACUAUAGUGUUAUUUAUGGCUGAAUUUGGUAUAGGGGUUUGGAAUGUUGUACUAUGGAACAAUAUUGAUUUAGAAUCUGUGAUGCUAUUAACUGAAUCUUUUGAGACUGUGAUUGGGAAAGACUUCAAAGAAAAUUCAGGAUGGAAUAGAUUACAAACUAAGUUAAGAUGUUGUGGAUUGAAUGGAGUGAAAGAUUUCGGGCAAGCUGGAUCUUAUCCCACAUUUUGCUGUGACGGUCGCAAAGAAUUCAAUAUUACUUGCUUCGACAACGGUUGUAGACAACCGUUAGCUGAUUAUGCCAGAGGUAUAAUGUUAGAUGGAGUUCUUAUGAGUUUUUUGUCUUGUUUACUUCAGGCAUUUGGUGUUUUUAUCUUCUUUUCGUUCUUUCAAACUUUGAAAAGAGAUAGAGACAUAAAAUCAGCUAGAAGGUUGGCAAUAAUGAAAGAAUUGGCAGAACACUCCGAACAUGCAACUCCUCUCACACAAAGUCCGUUACCUUCUACUACGCCAAUGUACACUCCACAGAGAAACGAAACUCCCAAAUCUUCUAAAAGAAGAAGCAGCAAGGCAGCAGCACCUCUAACACCUCCUGUUCAAGUAAACGUUUGAAGAUCUUUAUUAUAUAGUUGCUAAAAGUGAUAACAUGCAUGAUUCUCACCUAUUUAUACGAUGCAAUACUUUUAUUUAUUCAAUAGGAUAUAAGUGAUAUUUUUUAUAUUGUUUUCCAACACAAAAUAUUUUUUGACCAAAUAUUCACUAGGAUGUUAAGACUUUUCUAUCGUUAGCUUUUUCUCAAAGGGCAUCAUUGUUUUCAUUCUAUAUUCAUUGCUCUCUAUUACUUAAAUAUUAUUGUCUCAUUAUUUUCAGUUUUGUGUUUUCAAAAAUUGUAUGACAAUUUUUCGAUUUGGAUUACUGAACACUUUGAUUCAACAUAUAUAUUUUUCGUCAUCACUUUUUUUGAGCAAUAUAUUAGAGCAAUAUGACUGUGACAAUAUGUUAGUUUAUCGUUUAGGAAAUCAUGACUAUUUUUCGUAACGAAACUCUGUUUUAUGUUUGUAAUUUCCAUUGAUACUAUUUGUAUUUUGGUUGUCCAGUUAGGUAUUUGUUAAGUGAUCCAGAAAUUUCUGAGAUUGUAUAUACCUACGUAAUUGUAACAAUAGUGCCUUACCCUGUCAGAAAAUUUUUGAAUGAAAUAUAAAAUUUCUGCAUUUGAA